GAUAUUGAAAAUUGAAAUCCGAACAUUCGCCGUCGUCUCGAUCCCAUCAAGUUCUGUUACAAGGGAUCCCGUCCCUCACCACUCUCGUGACCGAUUCGAAUCUAUUUUUAUUUCAGUUUUACUUUUUUGCAUCGUUUUCACUAGUUAUCGAUUACGUACGAACACGUACCUUCGUCCGACGGCGCCCGAGUGUGUUCGGUUUUACCGAUUUCCAUUUCCAUUUGUCUCCAAACAAGCCAGUCACCCCGGAACCUGUGCAGACCAUGGCCACUUUCAGCAAAGAUUGGUGGAUUAAGUUUUUCUCGGAUGCUGGCAUACCUUCAUUUGCAUCAUCUAAGUAUGCCACAAUAUUUUAUGAGAAUCGAAUUCAAUCUAAUAUGUUAAUGGACUUGGACAAAGAUAUUCUAAAAGAAAUGGGCAUUACAGUAAUUGGUGAUAUAAUAGGAAUACUGAAACAUGCUAAAGAUGUUUAUAGAGAAGGAUUUUAUGACAAUUAUCAAACUAAUGGUGGUGAAAAUUCAACCACCAAAAAAAAUGUCAAUGAAACUCCUGAACCUACACCUCAAAAAAAAAAAAUUGUAACUAGUAAAAUAAAAAAAUUAGUACCCAAAAAAGUUAAAGUUUCUAGUGAAAGCGAAGAAGAUGAAGAAACAAUAGUAAGACAAGUGAAAAGAAAGACUGCUACUCAACCAUCUCAAAAUGCAAUAAAAAUUAUCACUAAGAAGGUAAUUUCAAAGCCUAAAAUCCCACUAAAAGUCAAACCUGUUGUUGUGGAAAGUGAUGAUGAUUCUCCACCGCCAUCUGAGAUGCGAACUAAGAGUUCAGUUUUUGACCGUUUGGGUGUUGGUGAUGUUAGCAGUACUACUCCAAAUGUUGAUAGUAAUAAUUCAUCAACUACAGAAUCGAGAAAAUCUUCUGUAUUUAAACGCCUUGGAAUAAAACAGCCUAGUGAAUCUACUAGUAAAAUAUCAUUAAAACGAACUAUUAAAGGAAGAAGUGAUUCAUAUUAUGGACCUAAUAUUCCAUCCGAAGAAACUAGUGCUUUCACAAAGAGAGUAAAACUAGAAGAAACAAAUUUGCACUCUUCAAAAUCCGUGUUUGAACGUAUUGGUGCAUCUUGUGAUCGUGAAAAGAUUGGUCCUGGUCUUGUUUCCAAAAGUGCUCUUAUAAGAAAUGCUAGCUCAGGUGGAAGACCAAUUUAUGUUAAUCCAAAGGUUUUGAAUGUUAAAAAGUUGAGCCUGUUAAAUCAUUCACAUUUUAGAAGUUCUGAUUUAGAAUAAUAACAAAUAAUGUUAUAAACUACCAAUUUAUUCUCCACUUGAAUAUAGUAAUUAUAUUUUCAUAUUAAUAAUCAUUAACAUAUUAAAAAAAAAAAAAACAAAUAU